AUGGCCGACCAGCAGCCCGACGACCGCGCUCGCCCCUACAAGAGCCGGAGCAGGCGCCCCUGUGACUUCUGCCGCUACAAGCGCGCUGCCUGCCUGCUCGCCGCCGCCCCGCCCUGCGAGCUAUGCGCCCGCCAUGGCAAGCAAUGCACUUUCGUUGAGAAUCCCGCCAAGCGCAGGAGGUGCAGCUCUGACCACGGCGUCCACACCGACUCGCCGACGUCGCCUGUUGCCGCCUCCCCCGCUCCCUCGCGACUGCUGCCUGCCGACGCCCGUGCCUCAGCAGUCACCCAGCACUCAACUCCCCCGGAGCCAGCCCUUCUCCUCGCCUCUGAUCCCGCCCAUGAUCCUCCUCACGAACCCUCGUCCUUGGAUGCUGCGACCGGCCACAAUGCGCAGAUCGUUGGUCUGAGCGGCGAGUCGGACCCUUAUCUCCUGCGCCUCUACCGUUUUGACGACAGCGACCAAUGCCCCUUCCAGCAGCUGAGCAUCCGGAACGUCGGCCUGAGCGACGGUGUGCCCGUCCAGUUCAUGGUGCAAGACAACUACUUGGCCAGCAAAGCCCAGCCAGCCGACUUUGGCAAGAGCGUGUCUGCCAUCCGAGAUGAGAUCACAGCCAUGGUCGAGAACGACGUGGGAAAGAGGCUUGUUCGAUUGUUCUUUCGCUAUGUUCAGCCGUACUUUCCUGUCCUAUCCCACGAGCGCAUCGUUCGGACAGCGGAUUGCGAUCCUGGCGCCAUACCCACAUGCUUAUUGGCCGCGAUAUACGGUCACGCACUGCCGUUUUGUGUCUUUGAUGACAGACUCUGUGUGCAAGUCUACCAGCCUCCCUCUCCGGACGAUCUCUUCCAGCUGGCAUGGCAAUCUGCACUUCCUCAAUAUCACACCCCUUCUUUGUCCGUAGUCCAGACCCUCUUACUCCUGGUGCAGCGUCGACCUACAAAUCGACACGUGGCCGACACCCCUUUUAAGUGGACCAUGAUGGCCGAGAUAUUCGCUCUCGCCCAAACGCUGGGACUCAACAUUGAUCCUUCAGGCUGGUCUAUUCCUCACUGGGAGAGAAGGCUCAGGCGACGCCUUGCAUGGGCCGUAUACGUUCAGGACAAGUGGUUGAGCCUGAAUUUCGGACGGAGCUCGCACAUCCAGAUGGAUGACUGGGAUGUCGAGCCCCUGAGUCAGGACGACUUUGACGAUGCAGGCUCAACCCAGUUCGCUCUCUGUAAUCACUUUCUGCAUUUGGUAGCUCUGACGCAGAUCGUUGCCCAGAUCCAGUCGAACUUGUUUUCUCUCAAAGCUACGCGCUAUCUUUCCGGCUCAUUGGAAGCAACAUUCGACGCAGCAAAGCCGCUCAGGAUAGCCCUUGCGGAUUGGUCCCAAGCACAUCCGCUCGUCGCUGCCCGAACAUCUGCAUCGCAGGACCUAGAUGGCAACGGAAGUCUCCGCCUUGCGUAUAUUACAGCCAAGGUUAGCAUUUUCCGUGCCCUUUUGAGGCCUAAGAUCUCGGAGGCAUCUACGGGAGCAAGAAUUGCAUUGCGGAUCGGCGCCAUCGGCGUGGCGCGUGAGAUGUACGAUUUCCUCUCGGGACUGGAAACACACCAUCUCGAGGCAUUUUGGCAUUCCUACUCACGUGUGAAUUUUGCAAUUGCCAGCAAUUUCAUGGUGUUGCUCUUCGCCUCAUCUUUGACAGAGACUGACGCCCAGGAGUCGCUUACUUUGCUCAACAGAUGGCGUAACCUCCUCAGGAUCAAGUCGAGAAGCUGCAAUCUGUUAAACCUGAGCCUGCUGCGGCUAGACGCCAUGUACGUUGCGGGAUUGGAUCGGCUUGUGGAACUGUCUCCGGCCGCAUCGUCAGCCUUUUCACGAAGCAAUGACAGUAUCGAAUAA